UCGUGGUGUCCGAAGACCCAAAGUCGUAUUUAGCUCAACAGCGCGAAGAUUUUCCUCUCAACAAUUGCCAGAUUUUGUUUCUCGAUUGUUCGGUGACAGAUUAAGUGCAAUGAGGAAAUGGGCGAUCCCUUCCGCUCUUCUUCUGUUAAUCAUCUUCUCUACCAUUCCGGAUCAGGGUCGUAGGCUUCAAGCGAAUGCCGGGGACCGUGGCGGGAGGUGGGGUUGUGCAGAUGAGAUUGAGAAUCCGCCGAAGGUGGAGGAGAAGCUUAGAGCUGUACCUAGUGGAGUGUCCACGGACUCUGAUGUCUCCAAGAGAGAGUCGGAGUCGAUCGGAAGGAGCUCUCUGCGUAGUAGCUCGGAGAAGUUUGAGUUCCAGGCGGAAGUGUCCCGUUUGAUGGAUAUUAUCAUUAACUCUCUCUACAGUAACAAAGACAUCUUCUUGAGGGAACUCAUAUCCAAUGCCUCUGAUGCGCUGGACAAGAUCAGGUUCCUCUCGCUCACAGAUAAGGAGGUCCUAGGGGAAGGCGACAAUGCAAAGCUUGAGAUUCUGAUUAAGUUAGACAAGGAGAAAAAGAUUCUUUCAAUUCGGGACAGAGGUAUUGGUAUGACGAAAGAAGAUUUAAUUAAAAAUUUGGGAACCAUUGCCAAAUCGGGAACUUCAGCUUUUGUGGAGAAGAUGCAGGCGAGUGGUGAUCUGAAUCUAAUCGGGCAAUUUGGUGUUGGGUUCUAUUCUGUAUAUUUGGUAGCUGAUUAUGUGGAGGUCAUUAGCAAGCAUAAUGAUGACAAGCAGUAUGUCUGGGAAUCUAAAGCUGAUGGCUCCUUCGGCAUCUCUGAAGACACGUGGAAUGAGCCUUUGGGCCGUGGAACUGAAAUCCGUUUGCAUCUUAGAGAUGAAGCUAAGGAGUAUCUUGAUGACAUUAAGUUGAAGGAGCUGGUUAAGAAGUAUUCUGAGUUCAUCAACUUCCCAAUUUAUCUAUGGACAAGCAAAGAGGUGGAUGUGGAAGCUCCUUCUGAUGAAGAGGAGUCUGGUGAAGAAGAAGAAUCAUCCGAGACACCCAGUUCAGAAGGAGAAACAGAGGAAGAAGCUGAGUCAAAGCCUAAGAAAAAGACUGUUAAAGAGACAACUUUUGAGUGGGAGCUUCUGAAUGAUAUGAAGGCAAUUUGGCUCCGAAACCCCAAGGAGGUUACUGAAGAAGAAUAUACAAAGUUCUACCAUUCUAUCUCGAAGGAUUUUGGUGAUGAAAAACCUUUGGCUUGGACUCACUUUGUUGCUGAAGGUGAUGUAGAAUUUAAAGCUUUGCUUUUUGUUCCUCACAAGGCACCUAGUGAUCUCUAUGAGAGCUAUUAUAAUACCAAAAAGUCCAAUCUGAAGCUUUAUGUUAGGCGAGUGUUCAUUUCUGAUGAAUUUGAUGAGCUUCUUCCCAAGUACCUCAACUUUUUGCUGGGUCUGGUUGACUCUGACACACUCCCACUUAAUGUAUCACGAGAGAUGCUUCAACAGCAUAGCAGCCUGAAAACGAUUAAAAAAAAAUUAAUACGCAAGGCCCUUGAUAUGAUUCGAAGAAUUGCUGAUGAAGACCCUGAUGAAUACUCCAACAAAAAUAAGACAGAUAUUUCCAGCGAGAAUGAAGAGAAAAAGGGACAGUAUGCAAAAUUCUGGAAUGAAUUUGGCAAAUCUAUAAAGCUGGGCAUCAUUGAAGAUGCACAAAACAGAAACCGUCUUGCUAAGCUUCUGAGGUUUGAGAGCACAAAGUCAGAAGGGAAGCUUGCGUCACUGGAUGAGUACAUUUCUAGAAUGAAAGCUGGACAGAAGGACAUUUUCUAUAUUACUGGAACCAAUAAAGAGCAGUUGGAGAAAUCUCCUUUCCUUGAGAGGCUCACAAAGAAGAACUAUGAGGUCAUUUUCUUCACUGAUCCAGUCGAUGAGUAUUUGAUGCAAUACCUAAUGGAUUACGAAGACAAGCAUUUCCAGAAUGUGUCCAAGGAAGGUCUGGAGCUUGAGAAGGAGUCCAAGAUCAAAGCCCUCAAGGAAUCUUUCAAGGCUCUUACCAAAUGGUGGAAGACUGCUCUCGCCAGUGAGAAUGUCGACUCCGUAAAGAUCAGCAAUCGUCUGGACAACACUCCCUGUGUUGUGGUCACAUCCAAAUAUGGUUGGAGCGCAAAUAUGGAGAAGAUCAUGCAGGCUCAGACUCUCUCAGAUUCUAGCAAGCAGGCUUACAUGCGUGGCAAGAGGGUUCUGGAGGUUAAUCCAAGGCAUCCCAUUAUAAAGGAACUAAGGGAAAGAGUUCCUGAGGAUGAGAGCUUGAAGCAGACUGCCAGGCUCAUAUAUCAGACAGCACUGAUGGAGAGCGGCUUCAACCUACCUGAUCCCAAAGACUUUGCCAGCAGCAUCUACGGUUCCAUCAAGAAAAGUCUUGACAUUAGUCCAGAUGCAGCCGUGGAAGAAGAGGAAGAAGCAGAAGAAACUGAGGCCGAAGAGAAGGGAGCGACCACCAAUGACGUCGAAACCGACGAAAUCAAAGAGGAGGCUGAGUUCUCCGUCAAAGAUGAAUUGUAGAAGAAAAUGGUUAUACCUUUUCUUUCUGUAUGGGGUGUUUGAUUUUGAUAAAGAGUCCCCCUCCCCUGUGUUACAGCCACCCAUCACCCAAGUUAGGAGAAGCUCCCUGAGCCGUCUGAUCUUUUUUGUAAGAGUGUGAUCGGAAUAACUCUCGAGGUAUCUGCGGAUGAUCCUUUUGGACUAAUUGUACUUCUGAUGAACUUAAAAUUUUCCAUCCUGAAAUUUAUUUGGAUGUUCUAAAUUAAUCUGUUUUGUUUAACCUGCUACCAUUUCCUGGUA